UCCGACCUUUCACAGUUUAAUUACUGUGGUCGCAGUCAACUUUUGUCAGCCGACGAACCAGGUGCGAGUUACUUCUUUCCAUUCGUCCUCACCAAUUCAACGCAGAAAAAUGAAGUUUCUCCUGAGUCUCGCUCUGAUCCUGCUCGUCGUUAAUUCGUCGAUGCAACUCCCCGAAUACAAGAACUGCAACAGCGAAUUUUUGGCAAAAAAUCCUUCAAUUGGUGUCGAUUGCGGGGUUGUAACGUGCCACGAGGAUAAUACCAUGACAGCAACGGGUUGCGGAAUUUGGCGUUGCCAACCUGGUCAGCAAAUCGGAUACACCGAAGCAGACAGCUCUAAACCUUUCCCAAGCUGCUGCGGAGGUCCAAUUUGUGCAUGAUUUUAUUACGGACGAAAAAUUAUAUGGAAAAACCGUACUCUAAGAACUUUGAAGAAUAAAUAAUUGACCUGAAA